UGACACUAUCGACCCCCCGCUAUCUACAGAGUUUCAACUUUCAGCUUCACUCGUUUCUCACUGGCAGACACUUCUCCUCUCCCGCCCUGAGCCUGAGUAGCAGCAGUUAAGAAGGCAAAUGCAUCGUGUUUGGCGUUAGGCAAUUGCUGCAAUUUGGUUUGUCACCUAGCUUAGCUAUCCUGGGGUCUUAUCAAGUUAUGCAGACUAGUUGCAUUGUCAGGAAACUAUCAUGUUAUGCCUUCCAUAAUAUAUAGCUAGAACACUAAAGAUAUUGGGACAUCCAGUACCAUGGCGCUGCUGCUGGUCUCAGUGAAUCCAUCUACUACUAGUUCCUGUGCUUGCAGUUUCCAUGCAUCUCAAUCUAGCUACUUUUUUUUUCAACCGUAUCAAACGAUUCAAGCCCAUUAUUCCAAAAGUUGCAGAUCUCUCAGGUUCAGAGUUUCGUGUAAGACUGGCCAAAUUGACACCCAGGAGCAACCCCAAAGAACCAAAGUAGCUUUUGAGCCCACAAAGAAGAAGAGGAAGCCCAAGCCAAGCUUCUUUGAGCAAAUACAGGACAAAUGGUCUAUGAAAGUCAAUUCCCCAAGAGAAAAUUUUCCAUGGCAAAAACAAAAUGUAGUAUUGGAAGAAGAAGAAGAAGAAGAGGAGGAGGAGGAAGAGGAAGGUCAGAAAUCUUCUGGAGUUUCUGCGUCUGAACCAGUGAAACAGACAGUGAGUUUUUCUUUGCCAAACCGUAUAGUUUAUGCUCCUUGGUCUCAUGGAAGCAAACCCAUUAAGCCCCAGGUUGAUUAUGAGUCUGCAACCUCACAACACAGUGUUGCACAAGGGAAAAAUCUUGGUGGGUUUGUUAGGCACUCUGAGAUUGAUACUACAAGUGGUGGUGUUGAAAAAGAGAAGAGACUUGAGCAACGGUUUGAUAGUACUAAGAAACUGGGGAGAGAAAGUGUUGGGGCAAAUGGUGGAAUUUCAAAUGGGGUUUCAAAAAAAGAGGAGAAAAUGAUUUCAAAUGGUUCAAAUGGUGUUUCUUUCAAUGAAACUCUAUCUGUGGAUGGUGGAAACGAUGAAAAGAUUGAAAAAGAGAAGAGCUUUAAGCAACGAUUUGAUGGUAAAAGGAAGCUGGAGAGUAAAAGUAUUGGGGAAAAUGGUGGAACUUCAAUUGGGGUUUCGAAAAAAGAGGAUAAAAUGAUUUCAAAAGGCUUAAAUGGCAUUUCUUUUGAUGAAACUAUAUCUGGAGAUGGUGCUAAAAAUGAAAAGGUUGAAAAUUUUGUGCAUAUUCAUAGUGGUUCUUGUGAUUCUAUCCGGUUGCCUUGGGAGAGAGAAAGUGAGUUGGGUUCUGAGGAAGGUGAUAAGGCAAGGAAAAGGAGGAGCAACACAGAUUUGGUGGAGCGAAUGCUUCCGGAUCAUGAGUUGAAGAGGCUGAGAAAUGUUUCUUUGAGGAUGUUGGAGAGGAUAAAAGUCGGAGUUUCUGGCAUCACACAGGCAUUGGUGGAUACUAUACAUGAGAAGUGGAAGGUCGAUGAAGUGGUCAAGUUGAAGUUUGAAGAGCCGUUUUCCCUUAACAUGAAAAGGACACAUGAGAUAUUAGAGAGUAAAACCGGAGGUUUGGUUAUAUGGAGAUCAGGCAGUUCGGUAGUGCUUUACAGGGGAAUGACGUAUAACAUUCCUUGUGUACAAUCAUAUGCUAAACAGAGUCAGACUAAUUCACAUAUGCUCCACCACACAGAAGAUGCUACAAGGGAUGGGAUGCACAAAGUAGGAAUGAAGGAUGUGUCUAGGACUACAGAUUUUCCAAGUCUUGAGUCUGCAGAGUAUUUGAAGGAUUUAUCUCAACGCGAACUCAUGGACUUGAGUGUCCUAAACCAUUUGUUAGAUGAGUUGGGUCCACGAUUUAAGGAUUGGAUAGGCCGUGAGCCUUUGCCUGUUGAUGCUGACUUGCUUCCUCCCGUGAUUCCCGGAUAUAAAACUCCAUUCAGACUUCUCCCUUAUGGGGUAAGACCUGGUCUAAGAAACAAGGACAUGACAAAAUUCCGUAGGCUUGCUAGAACUGUACCUCCACACUUUGCUUUAGGAAGGAAUAGAGAAUUACAAGGUCUGGCUAAUGCAAUGGUGAAGCUUUGGGAGAAGAGUGCUAUUGCAAAGAUAGCCAUCAAACGUGGAGUACAGAAUACUUGUAAUGAGAGGAUGGCGGAAGAACUUAAGAGGUUGACAGGGGGUACACUUCUCUCUAGAAACAAAGAUUUCAUCGUCUUUUACAGGGGUAAUGACUACUUGCCGUCUGUUGUCACUGGGGUUUUAAAAGAGAGGAGAAAAUUAAGAGAUCUCCAACAAGAUGAGGAAGAACAAGCACGACAGAUGGCCUCAGACUUUGUUGAGUCAAAACCUGAAGCUUCUAAAGGCCAAUUGGUUGCUGGAACCCUUGCUGAAACCUUGGCAGCAACCACUCGCUGGAGAAACCAACUGACCAUUGAUAAAGUCGAAAAAAUGACGAGAGAUUCAACUUUGGCUAGACAUGCAUCUUUAGUCAGACACCUCGAGAAGAAGUUGGCUCUUGCGAAAGGAAAGCUCAGAAAGGCUGAGAAGGCUUUAGCAAGAGUGCAGGAAAGUUUGGAACCAUCAGAUCUCCCAGAUGAUUUGGAAACCUUAACUGAUGAGGAUAGGUUCUUGUUUCGUAAGAUUGGUCUCAGUAUGAAACCCUUUCUGCUUCUAGGGAGGCGAGGGGUUUACUCUGGUACCAUAGAGAAUAUGCACUUGCACUGGAAGCAUAGAGAGUUGGUGAAGAUAAUUGUUAGGGGAAAAAGUUUUGAGCAAGUCAAGCAUGUUGCAAUUUCUUUGGAAGCAGAGAGUGGUGGGGUGCUAGUGUCUCUAGAUAAAACUACCAAAGGCUAUGCAGUGAUUGUUUAUCGUGGUAAGAACUAUCAAUGCCCUCUUCCAUUAAGGCCUAGGAAUUUAUUGACAAGAAGACAGGCAUUGGCUCGGUCAAUUGAACUACAGAGACGCGAGGCAUUGAAGCAUCAUAUCUCAGACUUACUGGAGAGAGUUGAGCCUCUUGAAGUCCGAACUAAGGACACAGGAAAGGGGAAAAUGGUCGAUGGCGGAAGAACCUUGCCUUCAACAGUAGAUGAUUAUUCUAUCCCCAGUGAUGACAGUGACGAGGAGGAAGGGGAGGAGGCAUAUCUUGAAGUAUAUGAUUGUGGCAAUGUGGAUGACGAUAACGAAAAUGAGACUGUUGAUCAGUUUAGUAGUUAGUCCGCAAGCUGAUUGUUACUUCAGAGUUGAAGAUAGGUAUGUCGGAAAGGGAGAUGUAUAGUUUCUUAUUGCUGAGUGAAUGAAUGAGCCGGCACAAAGGAAUGGUUUUUGAUACUCAGAAGUCAGAACUCCAAAAACCUAACUGCAGAAAUCUAAGCAUUUAUCUUGUGGCAAUGAGGUAGAUCGGCUGCUAUGUUGGGAAAACUUUGGAGGGUACGACAGGAUCUGAAUGUCGGUCAGGUUAAACCGUAAACCUCCUAUAUACCAGUAAAUGCAAGAUAAUGAAGCUGUUCAAACCAGUUCAGCAAAUUCAGCGAGCUGAUUGAUACUUCAGAGGUGAAGAUUGCAGAUGUCCAGAAAGAUGUAAAUAGCUCCGAUCAGUAUCAUUUAAGUAAUAGUUGUAGUUUUAACGGCGUAUGAAUGUGUAAUGAGGCCAUCCGUAUGGCAACAUCCGGUUACAUUCAUCAUGUUCUUGCAUACAUCGUCGUCAUUAAAUGCUUCACAAUUCAAGUUUUAAAACCCAUUCGAGACCAACUAGCUAUUCAUCUAGCAAUAUUUUUCUUUC